GGGUUAGGAAGGGGCGUAUAGGUAGGUUUGGGUGGGGUGCUCUCCCCCCCUUUUAUUUUUUUUCUCCUCUUUUUUGUUGUUGUUGUUGUUGUUGUUGUUGUUGUCAGUGUUGUCUGAAAAAUGGAAGAGGUGAAUAUUACCUCCUUGAAUGUUAAGGGUCUUAAUGUCCCAGAGAAAAGGAAAAUGUUGCUGAACGAUUUGAGGAGAUCCGGGACAGAUGUAGCCUAUGUUCAGGAAACACACUUUGAGGCAGGUAGACUCCCUCUUCUUCAAAAUAGAUUUUUCCCUUGUGUGUAUCAUGCUCCAAAUCAACAGGCUAAAUCUAAGGGGGUCUCGAUAUUAAUAUCUAAUCGAGUGCCAUGGUGCUUAGUGGACAAACGGGUAGACCCUAAUGGGAGAUUUAUUUUCCUUAAUGGAAGCAUUGGAAACAUUAAGGUAACAUUAGCAACAAUCUAUGUACCAAAUAAACAGCAGGACCAGUUUGUUAAAAAAAUUCUUUCAGAAUUAAGGGAUUUUAUAGAGGGGAGAUUGAUUCUGGGAGGGGACUUCAACAUCCCCCUAGAUCCUAGAAUAGACACCUCCUCAGGAACUUCAGCUGUCCCCUGUCGGGUCCGAAGAAGUAUACUACAAAAAAUGCAUGAAAUGCAAGUGGUAGAUGCCUGGAGGACUUCGUUGUCGUUGUGUCUCUCCCUGUCUAACCUGGCCACUCGACGUAAGGGAUGCUGGCGAUUGAAUGAAAGCCUUCUUCAAAAUCCUGAAAUCUGAGAUGAGUGCUGAGACAGGUAGAAUGCGGACCACUAAUCUAUCUAGCGAGAACUCCACAUACAACAUGGUCUCUGAUGCACUUCCAGAUGGUCCUGGCAUUAGGCCAUCUCGACCGUCUAAGAAAGGAAUCGCCUUUGGGAAACGAUCUAACUCCAUGAAAAGGAAUCCAAAUGCUGUAGUCACAAAGAUGGGCUGGCUGUACAAACAGGCCAGUUCUGGAGUAAAGCAGUGGAACAAACGCUGGUUCGUCCUUGUUGAUCGUUGCCUCUUCUAUUACAAAGAUGAAAAAGAAGAAGUGAUUUUGGGAAGCAUCCCCUUGUUAAGCUUUCGGAUUUCUCCUGUUCAGCCAUCAGAUAACAUCAGUCGCAAAUAUACUUUCAAGGUAACAGUGUGCUGGGUCGGGGAUGAGUCUCUCCAUAACAAAGCCCAAAUGUCUCGACAGGCAGAGCACGCUGGCAUCCGCACUUAUUACUUUAGUGCAGAAAAUCGAGAAGAGCAAGAUUCUUGGGUGCAUGUAAUGAGGGAGGCAUCACAUGUCCAGAACCCUGUCACUCCUAGACUAGAGAGGCAGGACAGUGAAAAUAUACCACCUACCAGAGAUCAAGAUCCUGAAACAAGAAGCCGUGGUGAAGGAGAUGGAAAAGGUUCUGAAAAGUUAGAGAGGAGAUCUGAAAGUAGCCACUUAACCAAGGUUAAUGAUUCAGGGGUUUCAUCUGAAAGAAUCCCAGACAUGGACCCCUCUAGACACCUACCUGAAGGAGCGCACCCUCCACAACCAAAUGGAUGGACUUUUGCCACUUCCCCAGUUCGAUCAGCGGGUAAGGGUGUUCCAGAAAAAAAUGGACAGCGAGCAAACCUUCCACGCACACACCCAGAAAAAGUAGCUCAGAGACAGAAUUCUAUGUCACAGCUUCAGCAGUGGGUGAAUCUACGCAGAGCUCCAGUUCCUACAGAAGACAUGCAAAGCCCUAACAGAUAUUUCCCAGGACCUCACCAUAUUCCUGGAUACUACCCUCAGUACUCUUCACAAUUUCCUGAUGGCUAUAAGUACUACACCCAGGCAGGAUCGCGUCCUGACAGCAUUUGCUCUAUGUCAGCUUUUGACAGGGCCAUACCACAGUGGACUGUGGAGGACAGGCCACAGAUCUUUCACAGUAGACCAUCAUAUGAGCCAAGGGAGUGGAAGGACACUGGUGUUUAUGGGCGACCAGUAGAACUGUGGGCCCCUCGCCCUGCUUUGUACUACCAGGAGGCCAAUGCAGCUUGUGAAUCUCUCCGUCGCCUCUCUCUACAGCCUCGUUCUCGCUCGGUACCACGCUCUCCAAGCCAGGGGGCAUACAGAACUCCUCAACGAGUCUGUUCACCUGUAUGCUCCCCUAGUGCACGAUUUGAACUUGAUUCUCGGGAUGAAAUCUUUGGGGAUCCGGCUGCGUUUACGAUGAGACGUUCAAUCAGUUCUCCAAAAUAUGAUUUUUUAGGAGACAGACGCCCUCUGCCUGCAGGAGCAUACUCUUACAGCUACCCAACUUCCCCACCUCUGCAUGACAAAAUGGUAUCCCCAUACGCAGAUCCUUACAGAGAGGCAUUACAGAGCUACAAAUUCAAUGAACAAGAUACUGACAAACUCCUGGGUAGGCUAUGUGAACAACACAAAGUAGUGAGGGAGCAAGACCGUCUGGUGCAGCAGCUGAGAGCUGAAAAGGAGAGUCUGGAGAGUGCGUUAAUGGGAACUCACCAGGAGAUGGAGAUGUUUGGCAGUCAAACAGCAUUUCCAGACAAGUUAUUGCAUCGCAAGGAGUCUCUACAAAACCAGCUGAUCAGCAUUCGUGUGGAACUGUCACAGGCCACUACAGCAUUAAACAACAGCACUAUGGAAUAUGAGAUCCUAGAGGCAGAGGUUUCUGCUUUGCAUGAUGCUUUGUGGGAACAGCUAAAUCUCAACAUACAGAAUGAGCUGAUGAACAGACACAUUCAGAGAGAAAUCUGGAGAAUUCAAGAUGUAAUGGAAGGACUUAGAAAGAAUAACCCCUCUAGGGGUACAGACACAGCCAAACACAGAGUAGUCACAGGGCCAUCAGCAACUUUUAGUUCCAACAGUCCAGCAAGUCCCUUAAGCUCUGCCAGUCUCACUAGUCCUCUCAGCCCCUUCUCACUCAUCUCUGGUUCCCAAGGAUCACCAACUAAGCAUACCACAAGUGAGGACUCGGGCCCCCCUCGGCCCCCUCUCCCUCUUUCAUACACACCUCUGAAUUCUCCUCCAGCUGUCCCUCCACCCCCAGGGGAGGGUCACUUCCAGCCUUGGCCUUACCCUGUCUCUUCCUGCUGGCCACACAGUGAGGUAAAGCUCAACUUGGUGCCAUAUAAGAGAGAGUCACCCCAUUUCUUAACACCUCUGCCUAAUGAAGGAGUUAGCUCCCUGCCUUCAAGAACAGAUGUAGAGACUGAAAAACAAUGGCAAUUACAACAGCAGGCUGCAAAUAAAGUUGGCAUUGUUCCUCCACGGACAAAGUCACCAAGCGAUGAAGGAUCAGUGACAAAACAACUGGUGGUAAUCAGAGGAGGAAACCAUGCAUCGAACAGACUAAUAUCAAGGGAACGUCCAAAAAGUGCCAUGUUCCCUGCCGAAGUCAAGUCCAAAAUGAGCGUAGAAGAGCAAAUAGAACGCAUUAAACGGCAUCACAGUGGGUCUAUGAAAGAAAAGAGGCGGAGCCUUCAAAUCUCUCCCAGUCAGCAAACAGAUCCCAGCACUACAAAACCAGCAGGCACAUACAGAGUGGUAAGAAGGCAUCGGAGCAUCCAUGAGGUAGACAUCUCAGACCUUGAAGCAGCUAUACGCCAACAAGAGCCUCAGAAGAUGUAUGAGUCUCCACGAGAGGAGAUUGCACGCCUGCGCAAGAUGGAAUUGGAGCCUCAGGCAUUUAGUAUAGACAUCAACAGAGAGCUGUCCACUCCAAACAAGGUGCUAAUUCCAGAGCGUUACCUUGACAUGGAACCUGAGAGCCCUUUAAGCCAAGAGGAACUGCAAGAGAAGCAGAGGAAGGUGGAACGGAUAAAAACGCUUAUCGCAAAAUCAAGUUUGCAGAAUGUUAUUCCCUUGAGUGAUUCUGAGCUGGAGAUGCCACCAGAUCCCGAGUCUCAGCUUCAAGAGCAAGAGAAGCGCAUAGAACUAUCCUGUACAUUGGCAACUGAGGCUUCACGUCGUGGUCGUCUUCUUUCUGCUCUAUGCUCCACCCCAAGUCCCCCUACGUCUCCCACCUCCCCAGCUCCACAGAUUAUCCCCUUCUCUUCUGGACACUCAGCUCUAGGUGGAGACAACAACAGCAGUGACAGCGCUGGGGAAUAUGGGACGAACAUCAUGUGUGUCUGAGUCAAAGUCCACAGCUGCAAGACUGCACAGACUUUAAUUGUGAUAAAGCAGGUUCUUCUGUUGUGUCAGUUGCUGGCAUGAGUUUUUACUUUCAAGUACAGAUCCAAACCACACCUGCAAUUAACAGAAUCUUCUGGAAUUGAAGUACUGCAACAUCAGUGGACUAAAAGGACCCAUUGUUUGCUCCAAACUGUUUAACAUUUGGUACAUAGCUUAUUUAUGCAAGCACAAUCGAUACUGCAUUUGAUCAUUCAUUCAACAAGAUGAAAGUACUUGUAUUGUAUCCUAAUUAUUAACAACUGAGCUAUUGCUUACUACUACAACCCCUUUAUAGUUUAUAAAAAAAAAGGGCAGCAUAUUAUUCAGUUCUGUAUGGCAGUUGUAAAACAUUUUGUUGAAUUUCAACUCGAAGCAUGAAGCCCAACUGAAUCGUUAGUUUAAAUUGGCUACAUAUAUUCCAGAUAAAACAGAAAGGAGGAAAUUACUAAAGGGUGGCACAUAGCCUGCACCACUCUUCUAAAAUGAGAAAAUGGAACAGAUUCUGCACUAAUUAACAAAGUGGGCCCAAGCCCCAUCUGGAGGAGGAACACUGUUAACUCUGAAUGUAUCAACAGCUAGGCAUAUAGGCAGAGAAAGGAGGUUUCCCUGCCUAUAUGUAGGCUCUGUCCAUGUAUCGCAGUGUGUUUAAUUUACGGGCAGAAAGAGGCAUGUGCGCUGUGUUCCAGUUUACCAGUAGACAGGCCACAUCCUGUAUAGCAGGGCCAAUCUGUCAGGGACUUGCAACACUUUUUUAUAUUUAAUUAUAUAUUAUAAAAUCCAUCUAAAACUAUAUUGAAUAGUAUUUUAUAUUAGGCAUGGAAACCCUGAAAUUGGUCUACCUGUUUUUGCCAAUCUUGCCUGCUUUAUUAUAAUGGCACAAGAAGAUUGGUUAAUUCCCACCAAGGUGUGCCAGGUCUUUCAACUGGUUUUCAUUAAAAAGCAGUCACAGCCUGAGUAGAAACCUUUGUUCCCUACCAGCAAGCUGCAGAGAAGAACCCUCUUUCUGCAGAAGU